AUGGCUUCGAUUGUAAGUCGAUCGUUUAUUAUGAUGUCUCUUCGUAAAUCUUCUUCAUUGAAACGUAUUCCAAUCGUGUCGAUUCGUUCUAUUUCUUCUGAUCAUCAGCAACAACAUCUUCGUCCAUUGAUGCUCAUGAAUAUUCCACGAACUCCCUAUCCAAAUCUAUUAUUAAUAUUAAAAAAUUUCGUUUCCCGAGCAAUUAUUAGUGGAUAUUUCGAUUCAACAUUUGCUAUGAAGCCAUUUUGUGACGGUGCUCGACAAGCAGUAACUGCUGUUUCACAACUAAUAGCUAAUGGUCAAUUUGAUGAUCUUCCUGGAUUUGUUACGCCAGAGGUCAUCAAUGAAGUUAAACAAAACUAUGGAAAUUUAUCAGUACAACAAAAACAAUUGAUUCCUGUUGAAGAAGGAGAAAUUGUUUUUUCUUAUCCAUACUUAAUUGGUCUUAUUAUGGACGAACAAACAAAUAAGCGUAUGGUUGAAAUAACAAUGAUUUUUCAUGUUCUAAAAAAUCCUGAAUCGUAUCGAGACGAAAUGCUUGACGGUCCUGGCAAUGCGGCGUCAAAUUGGAUAUCAGCAGUUAAAAAAAUGCGUGAUGAUAUUAUCAUUUGUAAUUAUAGAUUCUUACGUGACAUGAGUAGUGAUGCUCAAGAUAGUAGUUGGAUUAUUACAGGACUUAAUCAUUGGUUGCCGAAUGAAUAUUUGCAACAAUAUUAA